GAAGACCGAUCGGAGAAUGGGGAGGCGGAUUCAGGAGCUGGGGGCGAACGCAGGGACUCCGGGGCGCGGACCGGGCUCCCUCCGCACACCUCCGCUGGGGCACAGAUCCCCGCCCGGGGUCACCGCCCCCCUCGCGCCGCAGCCUCGCACCCCCCACGCCCCGCAGCCUCGCGCCCCCCCGCCCCCCGGCGCCGUCCUGGCCCCGCCCCGUCCCUCCCGGCCCCUCCUUCCUUGACCCUCGCCCCUCCCUCUCUCCCUCCUCCCGACACCUCCUCCUCCCGAUUCCCUCCUGGCGCCGCUAAGUUUCUCUACUCGGCACCGCACGCAGAGUCCCGGGGCCCGGCCCCGGUCCCCCCACCACCCCCGAGCCAUGCUGUGCGGCCUCUGGAGGAGCCGCCACCGGCGGCCAGAGGAGCCCCCCGUGCCGGCCCAGGUCGCAGCGCCCGUCGCGCUCCCGUCCCCGCCCGCGCCCCAGGACGGCGGCACCAAGAGGCCCGGGCUGCGGGCGUUGAAGAAGAUGGGCCUGACCGAGGACGAGGACGUGCGUGCCAUGCUGCAGGGCUCCACGCUCUGCAAGAUCCGCUCGCGGACGUGGCACAAGGAGCGGUUCUACCGGCUGCAGGAGGACGGCCUGAGCGUGUGGUUCCAGCGGCGCAUCCGGCGCGCGCCGUCUCAGCACAUCUUCUACGUGCAGCACAUCGAGGCCGUCCGCGAGGGCCACCAGUCCGAGGGCCUGCGACGCUUCGGGGGCGCCUUCGCGCCGGCGCGCUGCCUCACCAUCGCCUUCAAGGGGCGCCGCAAGAACUUGGACCUGGCGGCGCCCACGGCCGAGGAGGCGCAGCGCUGGGUGCGGGGUCUGGCCAAGCUGCGCGCGCGCCUCGACGCCAUGAACCAGCGUGAGCGCCUCGACCACUGGAUCCACUCCUAUCUGCACCGGGCGGACUCCAACCAGGACAGUAAGAUGAGCUUCAAGGAGAUCAAGAGCCUGCUGCUCAUGGUCAACGUGGACAUGAACGACAUGUACGCCUACCGCCUCUUCAAGGAGUGUGACCGCUCCAACAACGAGCGGCUGGAGGGGCCUGAGAUCGAGGAGUUCCUGCGACGGCUGCUGAAACGCCCGGAGCUGGAGGAGAUCUUCCACCGGUACUCGGGCGAGGACCGCGUGCUGAGCGCCCCUGAGCUGCUGGAGUUCCUGGAGGACCAGGGCGAGGACGGCGCCACGCUGGCCCGCGCCCAGCAGCUCAUCCACACCUAUGAGCUCAACGAAACAGCCAAGCAGCACGAGCUGAUGACCCUGGACGGCUUCAUGAUGUACCUGUUGUCACCCGAGGGGGCUGCCCUGGACCCAGCCCACACAGGCGUCUUCCAGGACAUGAACCAGCCCCUUGCCCACUACUUCAUCUCCUCCUCCCACAACACCUAUCUGACCGACUCUCAGAUCGGCGGGCCCAGCAGCACCGAGGCCUAUGUUAGGGCCUUUGCCCAGGGAUGCCGCUGCGUGGAGCUGGACUGCUGGGAGGGGCCAGGAGGGGAGCCUGUCAUCUACCACGGCCACACCCUCACCUCCAAGAUCCUCUUCCGAGACGUGGUCCAGGCUGUGCGUGAUCACGCCUUCACGCUGUCCCCAUACCCCGUCAUCCUGUCCCUCGAGAACCACUGCGGGCUGGAGCAGCAGGCCACCAUGGCCCGCCACCUCCGCAGCAUCCUUGGGGACAUGCUGGUGACGCAGGUGCUGGACUCCCAGAACCCUGAAGAGCUGCCAUCCCCAGAGCAGCUGAAAGGCCGGGUCCUGGUGAAGGGGAAGAAGCUGCCAGCCGCGCGGAGCGAUGAGGGUCGGAUUCUCUCAGACCGGGAGGAGGAGGAGGAAGAGGAGGAUGACGAAGAGGAGGCGGGGGCUGCAGAGCAGAGGCGGCGGGCCAAGCAGAUCUCCCCGGAGCUGUCGGCCCUGGCCGUGUACUGCGGCGCCACCCGCCUGCGGACCCUGCGGCCUGCCCCGCCCCCGCCCCCGCCCGGCCAGGUCAGCUCCCUCAGCGAGCGCAAGGCCAAGAAGCUCAUCCGAGAGGCAGGGAACAGCUUCGUCAGGCACAACGUCCACCAGCUGACCCGCGUCUACCCGCUGGGGCUGCGGAUGAACUCGGCCAACUACAGUCCCCAGGAGAUGUGGAACUCGGGCUGUCAGCUGGUGGCCCUGAACUUCCAGACGCCAGGUUACGAAAUGGACCUCAAUGCUGGGCGCUUCCUCAUCAAUGGGCAGUGUGGCUACGUCCUGAAACCCGCCUGCCUGCGGCAGCCUGACACGACCUUUGACCCUGAGUGUCCUGGACCCCCCAGAACCACGCUCACCAUCCAGGUGCUGACUGCACAGCAGCUGCCCAAGCUGAACGCCGAGAAGCCAAACUCCAUUGUGGACCCCCUGGUGCGCAUCGAGAUCCACGGGGUGACCUCAGACUGUGCCCGCAAGGAGACCAACUAUGUGCUCAACAACGGCUUCAACCCCCGCUGGGGGCAGACCCUGCAGUUCCAGCUGCGGGCUCCGGAGCUGGCGCUGGUCCGGUUCGUGGUCGAGGAUUAUGACACCACCUCCCCCAAUGACUUUGUGGGCCAGUUUACACUGCCUCUCAACAGCCUGAAGCAAGGGUACCGCCACAUCCACCUGCUUUCUAAGGACGGGGCCUCGCUGUCACCAGCCACGCUCUUUGUCCACAUCUGCAUCCAGGGCUCCUGACGACACAGCUGACCCUCCCUGGGGUUCUGCAGGUGCCAGUCCACCUCCCGUGGCGGAGGCCCUCUCCUGCUCUGGAGCGGAGGGGUGAUGGGAGUGCCAGCCCCUCCAGCCUACCUGCUUAGCCUGCUCGCCAGCCCCUGGUCUCGGCGGGAUGCGGAGGGCUGCCUCGGCCCCUCCUGAAGCACAGGCAGGUGAUCUUUUCUCUGGGCCGUGAGAUGGUCCAGCCCACCUGUCCUCAUGGCUUAUGGAGAGCCAGGUCCAUGGCUGCCUGGAGACCCGGAGCAGGUCACGGGAACCCGCGGCCGCCCUCUGCCACAAGGAGUCCAGCCACCCCCUAAAGCCUUCCUUCCCCCUCCAGGCUUUCCUAGGCCCCUCCCUCCAGCUCUUGAAUCUGAGCUCCCUUCCCUUGUUAAAGCAAGCAGGGAGUGGGGAAGCUCAGAGCCCUGGGGAAACCUAGGAGCAGGUUUUUAAUCUGUGUCAUAGAAGAGCCCUGGAGAGGACAGUAGAGCAAAAUAAAGAGGCAAGUUUAGGAGUUCCCGCUGUGGCACAGUGGGUCAGUGAUCUGGCUUGUCUCUGAGGUCUUGUGGUUCAAUCCCUGGCCCAGCACAGUGGGUUAAGGAUCCACUCUUGCUGCAGCUGUGGCAUAGGUUCCUAUCAACUUUCUUGAUGUGGGAGGUGGAGGCCAAGAAGAAACGCAGCUGCUGAUUCUGAAGGCUCCGGGCAGAGACCCCCCCCCAGGGCUGUGCUCUCCCAGCCCCAACCUAAGGGCGGGAACGAAGGCCUGAGUUCUCAGGAGCGGGAGCCACCAGGUCCAGGGCUGGGGAGGGACACCAGGUGCGGUUUAGGAGGGUCAGGGAAAGGCCUCCUGGGUGACCCCGGGGCAGGUUCCCCGGGAGGGAGUGGGGGGUGGGGGAGAUGGGUGUAAAGGCCCAGAGGAGCAGAACUGGGAAGACAGGUAUCAACACUCGGGCCCUCAGGCCCGUCCUGAGAGCUGGGUCAGUGGGCAUGCAGUGGGACCUGGUGGCCUGCAGCGUUAGCAGCACCUCUGGAGGCUCAACAGGAUGACCUGGCUUCUGGCAGGCAAGGAGAGGUGACAUCUGGGCAAGUGGGAGGGGUGUGCCGUGCCCUCCAUCUGAGGAGCCACACUGACCCUGACCGAGGGGGAUGCUCUGCCAAGGUCCCCGGUGCUGGCCCAGAGCCCAGCUGCUCCUCUUAUAUGAGGUGAACCCAAGUCAGGACUGGCUCCUCUCCUCGCUGCCAGGUGGGGGAGGUCAGGGGAGAAGAGCCAAGCUGGCCCUGAAAGGGCGGCCUUGCCAAAGGGAGGGAUCCAGAAGCUGCCCGGCGUGUGGGUCACGAGGGCCUUCCUGCAGGGAGGGUGCUCCAGCCCAGGCUGGGGACUCGACGGCUCCACUGCCACGGGCUGACGGGAGGAAUAGCAGGAGGGCAGGAGGGUUUGUUCAGCUGCUUCCUUUAUUAGAAACAAGUGAGAUGUACCAAGCAGAACAACAAUGCAUUUGGUAUUCCUUCCCCACCCUGCAAUCGGAUGGCCUCCCACAGCCGGAGGAAAGCCAGGACAGAAAGGGGAGGCCUCCCUUCCCAGUUCCCGGUUCCCGGUGUGGGGCCCCACCUGCCAGCAGGCAGUCAGUAUUUUAAACUGAAGUGAAUGAAAAUGUCCCCCAGGGUCUCUCCAGGGGCAGUCUGUUUGCAGGCUUGCCUUCACUUUCCAAUAGUAAACCAAAGCCCUGGGGCUCCUCCGGUUUUGGGGCAGGCGGGCCAGGCACAAGGAGGCUGCCCCUGGGUGGGGAGGCACCAGCCAGAGAGAGGCUCCUGCCCCCCGCCCCUAGCCUAGCAGCCCCCCUCUCCACGGCUGCAGCUCUGUGAAGGUAGCCAGGUCUCUGGGCCAUCCCUUCGGCUGGCUGAAUGCUGGUCAUCUUUGGGCAAAGAAUUCAAGACCACGGGACACUCAUUCUGGGCUUCAGUGAGCCAGCAAGUAAGCAAUGGCAGCUGGAAUGGCGCUGCAGACAAGGCCUGAAAUUUCCCAUAAACUCAGGUGAAGUGGUUUGGUGCGGGCUGGGCCCUCAAACCAGACGUCAGCAUCUUGGAAAGCAGGCCUGCAUCGGGGGAAACCAGCCCUGUGUGACCUCAGUGCAGAGCUGAGGCCUCCUUCUACCCAGCUCUCCUUACAGAGACAGGAGGCCAUGGGAAUGGGCUAUAGGGUCAGGGGUCAAAUGCAAAGUCAAUCCAAAGGCAGAAGGUAAACAUCUACAACACGGAGUCCGAAAGCCCAGCAGAGGCGGAGGGCGAGGGCCACGCCCAGGAGGUCCUCCAACAGCAGGUGCCUGGGCAGGUCCCAAAGACGAGCUUGGAGGCCCCAGGGUCCUUCCCCGGCUCGGUUCAAGGCAGCCACGGCUCUACCGUCCUGCAAGGCUCCUCGUGAGGAGGCCGCAAACCCCAAGGUUCUGUCCGAACUCUCUGACCUCAAGUCCUGGAAGGGGCUGAGCGAAGAACCCAGGGACUGUUUGGACAGAAAGGAGACAGACAGCAGCCACCGUGCAGACUCCUGCAGACCCGGGUGGCGGUGCUGAAGGCCAGCAGAGUCCCCAUCGUAAGACAUCAGUGGAGUCCAAGGAGCGGGUGCAGGGUUCUGGAGGGAGACACCAGGGCUUUUCCAAGAGAUUCGUUUCCUCCAGGGCAGACACAGGCCUCAGUUUCCAUUUCGGGACCUGGGCCAACCAAGGCAAAGCUCACUCCCACGGCUGCUGGGCACCCCAAAUCUCAGGCAGCUCCAGCUAGGACGUGGCGCAGAGCUGACCAAGUUCCAGGUGCCACCCACGGUCGGAGAGUCGGGCACUUUGUUCUUUGCUAUCCUUAGAAGCCUGCGAGUGCCAGGCUGCUCUGGGCCUUGGGGUGCUGGCUGACGUCCAGGAGGCUGUACAGGAAGCCCCUGCCUCUCCGACUCUGGCCAUCUGAGGAGAGCAGUGCACAUCUUGCUAAGAACAGCAGCUUCUUUGGUCUGGGUAUCUUGGAGUCAAGCAGUCAAAGGUCAGCCUCCGAUCAGUGCCUGCAGUUUGCAGCACAGGGACCACAGGGAGAAGGGAAGUCCCCGGAGGCCUCCGAUGAAAAUCCAAUCAGUGGAGUUGCUGGCACCCGUGCGGGGCAGCACAGCCCCAUCACAGGCACACAAUUCCCUCCAGCUCUGGGGACGCUGCAGAACUGGCUGCUAACAAACCUCACCAAAACCCACAGCCUGCAACACAGCCCUGCCGGCCUGCACAGCACAGCUUAGUUAGUGGGAGUGGGCUGAGCCUGGCCUGCUGGCUGAGGCUUGCCUCCCUCUGGAAGUAGCCGAGAGGUAAAAGCAGCCAGGAACCCUCCCACCCAAGGGUCACACCGUCUAGCCAUCCACUUCCUCCAAGCGCAAACGUUCCAUACAGGCCUGGAUGUGGGCUGCUGCUGACAGUUCCACAGCCCAAUCCUCCCCAGGCCGCCUGGCUGAGCACAGCUGAGGAAUGCCCACAGGGACAGCCACGUGACCAGAGGCUCCAUCAUCUGGGGGAAGCUGGCAGCACCAGUACCCAUCACCACCACCACCACCAC